UUGUUUAAUUUAUACACAAAUGAUUCUGAUCAUGGUUUACUCAAGAUUAAUAAUAAUUGUAAUGAAUUAAAAUCAACAAAUUGUGUUUACUAUUUAGUCGUGAAAUGGAUUAAUAGUCCCUGACUUUCCGCCAUUUUGGGGCUCCCAUCGAUUUUCUUACUCAUUUCUCAUUCUCUCCUUUCUGUCUAUACUCUCUCCAGCUCUUCCCCCUUACUCUCCAUUUCUCUCUCUUUUGCUUGUGUUUUUUUCUAAACAUCUAAAUUGUUUAAUAAAUAUACAUGAUUGCAACAACUAAUCAUCUUCUUCAAUUGCCAGUCAAUUAAAUCUUUAAUCACAUUGCGGUCAACAAUACAAUUAAUUUAUCUGGUCGCCAAUUUUAUGUCAACAUGGAGCUUGUACAAGCUUUCAAUGCAGAGCUUUCAUCGCUCUACGAGGUUAAACCUCCCAUCUCUAAAGCAAAGAUGAGCCAAAUAACAAAAGUUGCCAUUAAAGGAAUAAAAAUGUAUAAACACAUUGUCCAGAGUGUCGAAAGAUUCAUCGCUAAGUGUCGACCAGAAUACAAGAUACCUGGUUUAUAUGUGGUCGAUUCGAUUGUCAGGCAAUCUAGACAUCAAUUUGGAGCCGAAAAGGAUGUUUUCGGUCCUAGGUUUAUCAGAAAUUUUAACCAAACAUUUCAGAACCUUUUUUUAACUUGUCCACAGGAAGAUAAGCCUAAGAUUGUGCGGGUAUUAAAUUUGUGGCAGCGCAACAACGUUUUUUCUAGUGAGAUUAUUCAACCUUUACUGGACAUGGCAAAUCCAAACGCUAACUUAGGAACAAUAAAAUAUGAAGGUUCUCCUUCAGAAAGUGUGAACAACGACUUACCCAGUGGUAGUAAUAAAACCGACUCUGAGACAAAUUUGGUAUUAAGUUUACAUAAAUUGGCAACGACGUUAGGACUUGUAAAAAGUUCAAAUAAUGGGACCAGUAUAGGUGGCUCGUCUGCUGGUGUUGCUGAUCCGGGUGGUGCACAACAAAAUACUGUUCGAUUCGAUAAAAAAUUGUUAGAUUUUGAUUAUAGUGAAGAUGAAGACGAGGAUGAAAGUGAAACGCCAACUGAAGCUGAGCCCCCAACAAGUGUUGCUUCAAAUAAUGAGAAUGCCAAUGCUAAUCCUCUUGCGCUGAGUAUGGCUCAAAAUUUAUUAUCUAAUCCAGAACUUCUACAGCGUCUACAACAAAUGCAACAAACUAUCCAACAACAUCAAGACUCUAAUUCCCAAAUAAAUAGUGGAAAUGUUCGAGAUACCUCUGAUUCAUCAUUCAUAUCAUUUUUUCAACCUAUCAUCGAUGCUAAACCAGCUUCUAGCUCACAUGAAAUGAACUCCAGUCAUAUUGAUAACAAUGCACCUAGAGACUCUAUGCAACCCGAGAAAGCUCCAACGGACGCCUUUAACUAUCAACAAAAUGUUUUAAGUAGUCGUUUAAAUGCCCGAUUAGAUCCCAUUAUUUCGUCAAGUGGACCAAUGGUUCACAGUGAGGAUCAAUCGGGUUACCAGUCCAGAAUAAGUCGCAAUUAUUCUAAUGACAAUAAACGUGAAUAUGAAUAUACUGGCACAGAAAGAGAUAGUGACAUGAGAACCAGGUCUCGAUCUCGAUCUCCCCGUCGCAAUUCAAGGUUCCAAAGAUCAAGCUAUCGGGAUAAAGAUGAAAGAGUAAAGCGGAGUCGAUCUCGUUCUCCUUGGAGAUCAUCUAAUGAUAGGAGAAACUAUGAAUCUCGAUCACCUCGUGGUAGCCGAAGAGGUGAACGUAUGAGUUUAUCACCUGAAAGUAAAGAAAGAGAAAAAGAACGGGAAAAAGAACGAGAGAGAAGACGUCGUGGUUUACCACAGAUGAGAAAAGGUUAUCUCACCAUUUGUAGUACAACAUUAUGGCUAGGUCAUGUUCCCAAACUAGUUUCAGAGGCUGAUAUCUCAAAUACUUUCGGUGAAUUUGGUACAAUUAAUAGUAUCGAUCUCAUCCCGCCCAGAGGUUGCGCAUAUGUGUGUAUGAAUCGUAGACAGGAUGCUUACAGAGCGUUGAAUCAAUUGAAAAAUCUUAAACUUCACGGCAGUACAAUUAAGAUGGCCUGGGCUCCAGGUAAAGGUAUGAAAGGCAAGGAAUAUAAAGAUUAUUGGGAUGUCGAAUUAGGAGCCAGCUACAUUCCUUAUGAUAAGCUAGAUGAUAAUGUCGAUAUUGACCUUCUCGAAGAUGGAGGCAUGAUUGACGAAGAUACUGUACCUGAAAAGCUAAAAGAAAUUCGAACUAGAAAAGCCAAAGAAAAAGAAGAAAUGCUUAUACAAGCGGCAAUGCUCACUCAACCUCCGCUGAUACCAGUGCCACCCAUUGUAGCAGUACCUGCAGUGCCAGCAGUGCCAGCAGUGGCUCCUCCAGUUCCACCUGUUCCGGCUGCGCCUUCUCCAUUCGGUAUGCCUCUUCCUUCUGGUUUGGUUCCGCCUGUUGUAGCUCCAGUGCCACCAGUGCCAACUUGCAUAGCACAGCCUGUUUUGCCAGUUGGAAUACCACCACCACCUCCGCCAGUCGUUUUAACUCCAGGCUCGAAUAGUGUUCCAUUACUACCACCAGUUUCUUCCAUUGUAACAACCGCGAAUCCGUUGUUAACAACAACUACCACAGGCGCUUUAAACCCUAUAUCUACAACAUCUAAUGAUCAAACAGCAGGCACUGAAGUCUCACCAGCAAUUUUACCUAAUCAGUUGGGACCUUUACCGUCUCAAAAUCCAUCUAUUAGUCAAUUUACGGGGGCAAGCACUCCGAUUUUAACUACUUCGAUAGCAAAAACAGUUUCUAGUACAAGUUCGAUUGAUUCGACCGGAAUGAUGCUUCAUUCAGCUCCACCAGUUUUUCCACCUCUUAACGUUCCUCCACCAUCAGUGCUAUCUGUUCAAAGACCUCCUCCAAUGCCCUGGUUAUCUGGUCCACCGCCUCCUAUCUUAGGUAAUCCCGGAUUAAAUAGACUAUCAAUACCACCACCACUCCACCCUCCACCACCACGACCUCCUCUCGACAAAGGAUACAUCAACUCACAUCGACAUAGCAAUCACAUCAAUCGGAAACAAAACUUCAAAAACUUUACCCAUACUCCAAACCACAAUCACCAAAAUCACCAAAAUCACAACCAAAACACAAAAAAAUCAACUAAAAAUCAGCAUGUGAAUUAAAUUAUUCGUUAUUUAAAAGCUAAAUCAAUUGAAAUAAGGAAUAAAAAGUUCUGUACAUAAUUAUUAUAUAAGAAA